GUUCCCACUCGCCUAUUUAGAAACGACCCCUUCGCCUGCCCGCGACGUUCCUUGGGUUGCUGCGCCGGAGCGGUUCUGUCGCUUGGCCCGGCGGUGCGCGCUUCUCUCCCGCUGGUCUCUCCUCUUCUCCUUCUUCUUCUUCUUCGGGAAAAAGUUUGGUGCUUUGCAUUGUGCAGGCUCGUCAGCACCUCGCCCCCUUCACACACGCACGCAUGCACGCAGCCCCCCACCGCAAAAGCAACAAGCUGGUCCUGCAGAAGUUGGGGCAACUCCAGCAGCUUCGGGGAAAGAGUUGAAGCGAUGAGGGAUUUUGCUGCCCUGCUGUGCAUCUGCAUCGGGGUUGCCUCGAGCGUGUCUCUGGAGGACUCCUUGCAAGCGAAGAGGGACGCUCCGGCAGAUGGAGGCAUUUCUCAGCUGCUAAAGCCGGAAGAACCACAGAACGUUCACAAGUGGCUAGUGAAAUUCAAUGUCCGCCCCUCUUUAGACCCAGAAGACAAAGGCUGCUACCUCACCAUUGGCCAAGAUCAGCAGCUGGAAGAUUGCAACUUCAAUGUGUCUGCUAAAAGCUUCUUCAUUAUUCAUGGAUGGACAAUGAGUGGCAUGUUUGAGACCUGGCUGGGAAGCUUGGUGUCAGCUCUGCAGGAACGGGAAAAGGAUGCCAACGUGGUGGUGGUUGACUGGCUCGCCCUCGCCCACCAGCUCUACACAGACGCUGUGAACUACACCAGAGUGGUUGGGAAAGAGGUCGCAAAGCUGCUUAACUGGUUGCAGGAGAAAGAGCACUUCCAACUCCAAAAUGUCCACCUGAUUGGCUACAGCCUCGGUGCCCAUGUAGCUGGCUAUACUGGCAACUAUGCACGUGGGACAAUAGGCAGAAUUACAGGGUUGGAUCCAGCUGGGCCGAUGUUUGAGGGAGUUGACCCCAACAGGCGCCUCUCUCCAGACGAUGCAGACUUUGUGGAUGUCUUGCACACGUAUACAAGGGAAACUCUUGGGAUCAGCAUCGGGAUCCAGAUGCCUGUGGGUCACAUUGACAUCUACCCCAACGGCGGAGACGUCCAGCCGGGAUGCAGCUUGAGCGAUGUCUUGGGAGCACUUGCUUAUGGGAAUAUCGGGGACGUUGUGAGGUGUGAACACGAACGGUCUGUGCACCUCUUUGUGGACUCCCUUGUGAACAAGGAUAAGCAGAGCUUUGCCUUCCAAUGCACGGACUCAAGCCGGUUCAGGAAGGGUAUCUGCUUGAGUUGCCGCAAGCACCGCUGCAACAGCAUUGGCUACAAUGCCAAGAAAAUGAGGAACAAGAGGAACACCAAGAUGUACUUGAAGACGCGGGCUGACAUGCCUUUCAAAGUUUUCCACUAUCAAAUGAAAAUACAUGUCUUCAGCUACAAAAGCAUGGGAGAAACAGAACCCACUUUCUCUGUUACACUGCAUGGCACCAAUGGGGAAUCCCAGCCUUUGCCUCUGGAAAUUUUUGAGCAGAUUGGCCUGAAUUACACAAACACCUUCCUAGUCUAUACCGAAGAAGAUGUUGGUGACAUUUUGAAGAUCAAGCUCACUUGGGAGGAGUCCUCUCAGUCCUGGUACAGCCUAUGGAGGGAGCUGAGAACUUACUGGUCUCAGUCUGAGAAUUCAUCCAAGGAGCUGCAGAUCAGGCGUAUCCGCGUGAAAUCUGGCGAAACUCAGCGGAAGUUCACUUUUUGUGCAGAAGAUCUCCAGAUGACCAAUAUAUCUCCUGGCCAAGAGCUCUGGUUUGUAAAAUGUCGAGAUGGCUGGCAAAAGAAGACACAAACAACAUUAGUGUGAAGGUUGCACUGAAAUUUCCUUCUUGGACAACUUUCUACGUUCAUCCGGGACCUAACCCGCAACUCAACUGCAGAAGAAACAAAAAGAUGUUGCUGCAAAGUUUCUAUUUUUUUUCUAUUUUCUUUCUUGCUAGCACUUGCAACAGCUUGCUGUUUAUGGAUGGAUGUCUUGGUCUCCAAGAAGUGUGACAAUUUGAACAAUGUUUCUAGCAAAAUCAGAACAUCACAUAUUUAUAGCUUCAGUGGCUACCCUUAAUAACUCCUCCCCUGCCACUGCAACAGCCUGUUACUAAACUGAUCCUCCUUUGGGUGGGCGAGCCUUAUGUGCCUAAAUCUAUGUAUCCUGAUGAGCAUACAUGCACAAGUUCUGUCUCUGUAUCUGAUUUUCUAAGGGCUGAUCUUCACAUUUGGGUUAGUCAUGUGGCAAAGACUCUUGGGGACUGUAUUGUUUCCAACUGCAGGAAUUGGAGUACACAUUUUGUCUCCUUUUUCCAUUCAAAAAUCUGCCUGCUUAUUCAAAACUAUAAUGUUCAAAAGAACUCUAGCACAAGGGUUCCUAAACUGUAGUCUGUGCGCUUCAUUCAGGUGGUUUGCAGCAUGCUCGUAUUAAAUAUUCAUAUUUGUUUUUAAUUGUAUUUUGUUGCUGCUUUUAUUUCUUACAUUGCAUUUUAUUGUAUUACAAACUGAAUUCGAUGAGAUGCUAUGAAAUAUAAGAAAUAAAAGAAGCAAUAAAAACAAUUAAAAAUAAAGAAGCAUCUCGCACAGCACAUAGCAAUUGCUAUAGCAGGCAGAAAAAUCAUGAAGUGGUCUGCCAAAACCUCAGCAUGUUGGGGGGAAAGUUUGGGAACUGCUGCUCUAGCACAUCAGGGAAGAACAGCAAACUAGUUUUCAACAUGCAAGGGGAUUUAUAUGUGUGUGAGGCAUACACACACACAUGCAUAGUGUGAAGCGGUACCUUUGCAGAAAUUCUCUGCCAUGUGACUUUCUUGAAUAUUGAGAUCAGCCCUGCCUGGCAUGUACGGAAGUUGAAACAUUAGCGUGACUGAUAGUGUGCGUUGAUUCAGUCAUGGUUUAUAUUGUUGUGCAGUGAUUUUGAUUGGUGAGAGUGAAGUACUAAGCACCCAAGCUUGCUUACAUGGGAGAAUGUCUGUAUGUGACUGUAUACGCCAUCAUGUGGAAAGAGACUAACAUGAAGCGGGCUGCAUACGGAGGAAGUUAAUGCCCAUCACUGUGGAGGUAGCUGCAGAUUUUUCUGUCCUACAAAAUGAUAUGGAGGAAUGUGAAAGUAUGAGUUAGCGUUUUAAGUACCUGAACCAUGGAGUGAAUAAUCCUUCAGGUGCCAGCAUUUCCUGUGGGGAAAGGAGGAGGUUACAGCCACCUCCUUUCCCCUUGAAUACGAAAACUCUCAGAUAGCUUCCUCUUAACUACUUAGCCAACACACCAGCAUUCUUGUUUUUGUAAAAAAAAAAAAAUCCAUGGGAAAAGUCAGCUCUACCUGCCCACCUUUUUUGUCCCUGAAAAAACAAGGAAGGCCACUGUUCUGUGUACAUGGAGGGAAUAGCUUGCCAGUUAAUGGUUUCAUGUUCAGCCAUGGAAUUUAAAAAAAAAAUCUAGCAAACAUUUUUACAUAAGUUCAAAACAGACUUGCAUUACAAAACUGCUUUUCUAAUGGAACAAAUGGGAUUUACAGCAAAAUGUUGCAGAGUGGAAUGCUCCUGUUCAGGUUCCAGCUAGCCAUGCCUCCUUGAGGAUACUCCAUCCCAGAAUCCAUGCCCCUUGUUUUCCAUUCCACCUUCAACGGAUACUCAGUAUUCUGUGGCCACUGGGCAUGCUCAGUCAUCAUCAGGCAUUUUGUUCUUUUGCAAACCUUGAAGCCCCACCCCCCACCCCUAGCAACAGUCUCCCUGAUGUGUAAGGGUAGGGCCAUUUUGGCUACAUAAGGAUUGGCCCUCAGAGAAUGAGUUCAUUAUUACAGAAUAUAUUAUUCUUAAACUUGCAGCCCUGUGUGUGAGUUGUGUGUGUGUGUGUGUAUGUUUAGGGCACGUCCUUUUAAAGUCAGCCAGUCAUUCCCAAAAUGCAGGCUAUCAGAGAACUGCAAGAAAGCUGUCAGAAAUGAAUUCAAUAACAACUAGAGGUUAUAACAAGUUCAAAGGACCCAGCCAAUAGAAGAGGCUGCCCACUGCAUCUCUGUAAUUUACUGUUUACUGGCAUCCUCCUCCCCAAUCAGCUGCAUGUAGGUUCCCUGGUGAAUUAGAUACGAUUGCGUGAUCCAGUCACAAACCCCAACACCAACAACUGAGCCCAAAUUACCUGUACUUAAAUAAGACCUGUUGCAUCUCUGUAGGAGUUGCUGCUCUGUCCUUCGGUAAGGAGGUACACCCAGAACAGGAACUCCUGCAGAAACAAUGUGUGGUGGACUCUGCUAUGGAUGGGUAAUUUUCUUGUUACAUACUUUUGCAUCACAUACUAAAAAUAAAUCCUUUCAGGUAUGAGUGAAGCACAUUUCCAAUUGUAAUUCAGAAAAAAAUGUGCCUUGGCUAUAAAAGUUUGUGAAAUGCUGUUUUCCAAAUAUACUACAAAAUUUCUCCAACUGGAGGGACACUCUUGCAGACAGCAAAGAGUGCUGUCAGCCCCCUCUGGAGAAGAGGAGAACCUCCUGUUAAAAAAUACUUUGCUUUGGGUACUUUUCAAUUGUUCUCUAGUCCCAUCCUGACUAAAGACAAGACUAGAAGUUUUUGGAAGUUUUGUCUUGGUCCUGCAGAACUGAAGCCCUUAGUAACUUGGCUGUGAUAUGGGUGCCACAUAUUUAUACAGUGGUCCUGAAGCUUUGUGCAGUUUAGUGUGUAUAUAAUGGGUUUUUGUAAUACUUGCCCCUCCCCUAUUUAUUUUUUUCCAGAUGUGUGAUUUUGUACAUAUGUGUAAAAAGUCUAACU